UCUGGUUGUCAUUCUGGGGCGCAUCGUUGCCGUGCGGAAGAAAACACAUUCUGUUGUGAAACUCCCGUGAGUUUUUUCGGUGCAUUUUGUGGCUAGAAAAGAAAAUCAUGAGUGAUGCCGAACAGAGCGAAGAUGGACAAGUGAUGAGCGGCGUCGAGCUGAGCCCAUCGGACGACGAGGAAACGACCGACUCGCUGGACAUCAAACCACCGCAGGCGAGCAGCACCUACUAUGGCAUGAGCAAGCGCAAGGACAGGAAGGGGAAGGAUCGACGGCACGCCAAGGACCAUCUGCGCCAUCACAUGAUGAUGGAGCGGGAAGGUGACCGCGACCGGGACCGUGGCGGCGAACGGCGCGUUGACCGUGGAAGCAAUCGGAUGGAGCGGGAGCACUACUACCGCGAGCGGGAGCAUCAUGCAGCCGGCGGUCGUGAGCAGCACCGACACCCAGGGCAGGGGCAGGGCUCUUCAUCGCGCUCGGGAAGUGGACGGGAUCGAAGCGGCAGCGGCAGAGAAACCAGCUCCCGAGACAAACAUCACUCGUCGCGGUAUGAAAUGAACCCAUUCUACGGGGAAAUGCGUGAAACGUAUCACAGCAAGCGGGAACGGGACCGGGACCGCGGUGAGCGGGAGCACCGGGGCGAGCGCACCGACCGAGAAAGGGAGCGUGAGCGAGAGUACAACGAAAAGCAGCAGCGCCGGGCGGAAGAAAAAGCGACCGAUCCGGAGAAAAUCAUGGAAGAUCUGCGCACCCGACUGUUGCACAAAAAGAACCGGCGGGACUCGAAGCGUGGCACGGAGGGAGGCCGCGAGCGUGACCGGGAGGCAGAACAGAUGCACGCGGAGGAGGAGGAAUACUAUGCGGAGAAGAGGGAACGCCGCCGGGAGCAGCAUCUGCAUCGCCGGUACCGGGAGGAGGAGCAAGCAAAUGAAGGAGCCGCGAGGGAACGCACACGACACCAUGACGGCGAUCGUCGGCGACAUGCCGGGGAGGUGGUGGAGGUGCUGGAAAGCCCCGACCAUUCCCACUACCACCAGCAGAAAACGUCGAGUGCACCCCGCACGGCGGAGGAAAAGGAGCAGGAGGAGCGUCGGGCGAAGCUGCUGGAAGCGGACCGGGAGAUGCUCCGCCGGAAGGAGCUGGCACGGGAAGAGCUGGAGGCAAGGCGGCUGCGCAAGGAGGAGGAGCGUGGCAGGGGCAUCGAGACGGAAUCGGAGGAAGACACCGACGAGGAGGACGACGGGGAGAUGGAAGAAGAGGAGGAAGAAGAGGAAGAGGAGCGCCCGUCGUACGAGGACGAUGACGUUGAGAUGGUACCGGAAGAUGACCGCGCACGAAGAACCGCCGACCAGCGGGGUACGAAGCGUCGAGGCGAACGGGGCAGAGAGCGAAAGCGGCACCACCGGAAUCGACAUGCGUCCUCUCACUCACACACCAGCUCAUCGCACGGUUCGGAGGAGGACGAACGGGACGAAGAGCAUCCACCGGGAAGUCCGCUUUCGGUGGGCGAUUUGGCAAAAUCGGAUCGUCGCCAUUCCGGCUCGUACAACUCCCAGUCCCGAUCGCCAACGAACUCACGUUCGGGUUCGGAAUCGGGCUCACGAAGUCGUUCGCGAAGUCCUCGGCGGCACCGUCGGCACGAGGGACGUGAUAGUCGCAGUCCAAGCAGUCGCAGCCGCUCGAGAGAAGAAGAGUCAAGAAAGCGUCCAACUGGCGGCGGUGGAGGUGAUGAUGAGGGAAAGGGCGAGGAAGGAAAAGCGUCCGGCGAAGCAAAACCUGCGGUCGGUGAGGAGGAAUCGAAAGAGGUGGAGGUUAAGGAUACACUUCCACCGUACUAUCCGGGCAUACAGGGUUGCCGCUCGGUGGAGGAAUUCCUCUGCCUCAAUCGCAUCGAGGAAGGCACGUACGGUGUGGUGUAUCGGGCGAAGGACAAACGCACCGAAGAGAUUGUCGCCCUGAAGCGGCUAAAGAUGGAGAAGGAAAAGGAGGGCUUCCCCAUUACGUCCCUUCGGGAGAUUAACACACUGCUGAAGGGGCAGCACCCGAACAUUGUGACCGUGCGGGAGAUUGUGGUCGGCAGCAACAUGGACAAAAUCUUCAUCGUGAUGGAUUACGUCGAGCACGAUCUGAAGUCGCUGAUGGAAACGAUGAAGCACAAGAAGCAGGUCUUUCUCCCCGGCGAGGUCAAAUGUCUAACGCAGCAGCUGCUCCGGGCCGUUGCCCACCUGCACGACAACUGGAUCCUGCACCGGGAUCUGAAAACGUCCAAUCUGCUCCUGUCCCACAAAGGCAUCCUGAAGGUGGGUGAUUUCGGGCUCGCCCGCGAGUACGGUUCCCCCCUCAAACCGUACACCUCGAUCGUCGUUACGCUCUGGUACCGGGCGCCCGAACUGCUGCUCUGCUGCAAGGAAUACUCCACCCCCAUCGACAUCUGGUCGGUCGGUUGCAUCUUUGCGGAGUUUCUCUCGAUGGCGGCACUCUUCCCGGGCAAGACGGAAAUCGAUCAGCUGAACCGCAUCUUCAAGGAUUUGGGCACGCCGAACGAAAAGAUCUGGCCGGGCUACAACGAGCUGCCGGCCGUACAGAAAAUGACCUUCACCGAGUAUCCGGUGUCGAACUUGAGGAAGAAGUUCGCCCAUCUUACGAGCGAGCUGGGCAUUUCGCUACUCCAAGGCCUGCUGACGUUCGAUCCGAAGCAACGGCUGACGGCGGAGGCGGCCCUGCAGCACAACUACUUCAAGGAGCUGCCGCUGCCGAUCGAUCCGGCCAUGUUCCCCACCUGGCCGGCCAAGAGUGAGCUCGGGCUGAAGAAAGCGCUGGCCUCCAGCCCCAAGCCGCCGAGCGGUGGUGGAGAGUUUAAAAAGCUGGGCGAUGAUGCCGUGCCGGACAAUGCGGGCUUUCAUCUUGGCGGCACGACGUACGCGGAAUCGCGCCAGCUUGCCAUGGGACCAGGGUUUAGCCUGAAAUUCUGAGGGCACGAGCUGUCAUCCGGGUUCGGGUUGAAGUAGGCUGUGCGCACCCAGCACUACUUGCACCGAGCACCGGUUGACACUGGGACUGGCGGGCUGCCGCCGUCGUCCAAUACGCGAUAGAAUCGAAAUUCCAGACACAAUUAACACAAUAGAAAUGAAAAGUGAAAUGCAGAAUUUGGAAAGGCCAACAUUACAAGGAAGUUAGUUUUUAAAACAUGAAAAUUAAUACAAUUUACAUUAGUGUUCUUUAAAAAGAAAAUUGUUCUUAGAGAUUUCAUUGAAAAAGACGAAAGUGGAUUGGUUGCAUUCGAAAGGAACGUGUUCAAAAGAAGUGACACCAAACAACCCGCAGAGAAAAGGCAGAGCAGAGUGUGCUAAAUCCGGCGAAGGAUGUCCUCUGAGGAGACUGGUGCCAUGGACGAGGAGAUGCGUCGUUCAUCGCUAGGGCUAGCUAGCGCGAGUGGAGGGCUAAUUCCGCAGAACGGUGCGAUGCUGCAACCCAACGUGCAUCUUUUGGGCGACCAGCGCAUUCUCGGUGGUAUGCAGCGAAGUGAAGAUGCCGCGCCGUUGCAGAUACGUGCGCAACCGCCAUCGCAAUCCGGGUCAUUGCCACUGUUCCACGGUGGUCAGGCGCCAUUGCUGUCAGCUCCAACGGCGCCAUCGCAGUCGGCUCCCGCACAGCAGCACCAAAGUACAGGUCCGUAUUUGAGUGGAAGUGAUAAUACGAUGAUGCAAACGCUACAGCAGCUACAAAAGCAGAUGGCACAGCAGCAGCAGCUUAUAAGUGAAUUAUUAUGCCAGCGUUUAAAUAACUUAGGUGCGUCUACGGCCGCGGUACACCCCGAGCAGAUCAUUGACACGUUAGCGAGAAAUAUAACGGAAUUUCGUUAUGAUGAGGAAGGAGGUGUAACGUUCGGUGGGUGGUUUGCGAGAUAUGAGGAGCUGUUUAGGAAGGAUGCGGAGCGUAUAGAUGAAGCCGCGAAAGUCAGGCUGUUGAUGAGGAAGUUAGGUCCGGUUGAGCACGAGAGGUACACAUCGUUUAUAUUGCCCCGGAAAGCGGGAGAUUUUUCAUUUGCGGAAACGGUCCAGAGGUUGACCGAGUUGUUUGACACGCGAGAGUCGUUGCUUAGCAAAAGGUUCAAGUGCUUGCAAAUAGCGAAAAAUAAGAAUGAAGACCAUAUGUCAUAUGCGUGUAGGUUGAACAAGGCGUGCGUCGGAUUUGAGCUUGGAAAGCUUACAGAGGAACAAUUUAAGUGUUUAUUGUUUGUGUGCGGGUUGAAGUCAGAGCACGAUGUUGACUUCCGUACGAGGCUGCUUGCGCGAAUAGAAGAUAAAGCAGAUAUUACGCUGCAGCAGUUGUCGGCGGAGUGCGGCAGGAUAGUUAACUUAAAGAAGGAUAGUGCCAUGAUCGAGUCCCCAGCACAUGAGAAUGUGUUGGCUGUACAGUCGGAAAGACACUUACAAGUCAAAAGAUCGCAGCUAGAUCAGCGUACGACGCAGAGUAAGCCCUGCUGGGCAUGUGGGGAUAACCACUGGCAACGUGAUUGCCCAUAUCGUACUAAAGAAUGUUUUAAGUGUAGGCGGAUAGGCCACAAAGCUAGUCAUUGCAACAAAAAUCGAAGGAAAUUUAGGCAUCCUGAGUAUGGCCUCGGAUAUGAGGAACAGGAAGGGAAUGUUGCACAAGUGGUAACUGUGAGUGUGCAGAGCGUAGCAUCUAGGAGAAAAUACGUGGAGAUUAGUCUCAACAACAAGCCAGUUCACCUGCAACUCGACUCAGGGUCGGAUAUUUCUAUCAUAGACAUGCGUACAUGGAAACAAAUAGGGAGCCCCCGGCUCAAACCCCUUUCCGUCGCAGCGAGAACUGCUUCAGGAGCUGGUCUUAUGCUCGAGGGUGAAUUUCUGUGUGAGGCCACACUAGGCAAUGUUACGGCUGAAGUAACCAUAAGAGUGGCAAAACAUGAUCUUAUGCUAUUCGGUGCGGAUCUGUUUGAGUUGUUGGGUCUGUGGUCAACACCCAUUGAAAGUUAUUGCUAUAGAGAGGGCAGAAAUUUAAAGCAGCAUGAUAGGCUUGAUAAAAAACAGACCGAAUGUCUAGUAGCUAGUAUAAAGGCUGGUGAUGGCAUAGAUUAUGCAGCAGGCACGGGAAAUGCAAUUCCAUUCCUUUACAAUGAGGUGGUUAAGCCCAUGCAACGUGAUACAAUGCUGCGCAGAUUAUAUAGCUAUGGCAAUUAUGAAGGUCGAAUAGAUAGCGCCAAUUACCUUCGUAAACAGCCCUCGCCGAUAAUUUGUCACGAAGCGUACCAAAGAAAAGGGAGACACGUGAGGUCGCAAGAACCUUAGCGUAGGCGUAAAUAAUGAUUCAUAAACGGGCAUAUGAGUUAAAGGAUCCCUGGCGAGAGGGUACAUGUCUCAAAGAAGUGCUAGAAAUUAAGUGAUACAAGAAUGGAAAAUAAUGGUAUUAAUUUACGGUAGGAUGUUUUAAUGGCUGAGGGUAGAGUUUCUGGAACAAAAUAGCCGUCACAAUUUUUAGCAUUUUAGCAAACCCAGUUUUAGCCAUCGUGGCACAACAUUCCCCUAGCAUAGUCUGCGCACGUGAACAAAUGAAUGGUCCACCUCGCCGCUCUUCUCGUGAUAGAAGGGCGUCGCGCAGGUUGCAGCUGUACCAGCUGAAUUAAGAGAGGGAGAUGUUGUGUACAGAAACGGUGCAGUGUAACCGCGACUCGAUGCUGUCGUGCAACUGACAGCAUCCGACGUCCGAAUGGCCGUUAAGGGCUUCGGGAGCGAUCGGGCUACCGAGGGUCGGCACUCGAUCAUAGGCCGCGACCCGACACACACAACAGUCCUGUAGAAUAUAUGUUAUUUAUAUUAGAAUAUAAGUGGUUUAUACAGAAGA